UUAACCGACCAACGUUGGAUAACGCUAUCUACUUCCGCAUCUGGAAUGAAUGUGCGCUCCGGGUCGAUCUCGCUGCCACCGGCAUUACCGAGCAUGCCACCAUCACCACCCCCGGAGAACCGGGAUUGUGACAAUCUGAAGCUCGUCAUUAGCUUCAAGCGCACGCUGAUGCUUCCGGAUGCGUUCUUUGCCGACGAACCGUGCGCAUGCUAUUGUGCCGGAUGCCACCGGCCCGGUGUGGCGAAUGUUCUCAAGGGAUGGGUUCGCUUCCGGUUGAACCAGCACACGGUGCAGGGUGGCAAUGGGAACGCGAUAAACACGACGGAUGAUUUCGUCUGGACGACGGCGUACUACAAUACGCGCGUGGACAAGAUACGAUCCGUGCUGGACCACGGUCAACCACUACCAAUUGAAACCGGUUAUCAGCAUCCGGAAUCAUCAAUCUCAGCCCAAACAUCGACCGUGAGCGACAAUUUCAUUCCCGGUACGCACAUUCUUCUACGUUCCUUUCCGGACGCGACGGAACCGAUCAACUCGUCUGCCGGAGUUCCCCUCUCCACCGCUGCCAGCCGUGGGCGCCCGUUUGCGCUCCGCUACAUGGUGAAUGGGCAAUUUUUCCACAUUCGAACCGCUUUCGAAGUGCGUGUCCGCUCGCAAUCCCUCUCGGCCGUGGAUCAUCCCGGUGAGCCGCAACAACGGAAUGCGCUGGUGGACGGCGGAGGUCCGGGUGGUGCAUCGAGUGGUAAUACCACCGGACAUGGUAUCACAGCGGCGCCCGGUUCAUCGAGCGGUUUCAGUAUUCUAGUAGCUUACGUUCAGAAAAUCUAUGUCAUUUCAACUGCUUUAUAA